CCUUUUGAAGGACGCCCGCCCUGAACCCCGGCGCCGACUGCGAAGUAUUGUCCCGCUUCUGGAGCCUUAACAAAGCGUCCUCCCCCGCUUUGCAGAGCACUGGAGCUGGAGGCAGGCGGCCGGCUGUUCAGGCGCAACGGAGAGGCCGACAGAAGGUGAGCGCUGUGGGCGAUGGGAUGGAUGAGGCAGAGCAGGACCAGCAUGAGGCCCGACUCAAGGAGCUGUUUGACAGUUUUGACACGACGGGCACCGGGUCCCUGGGACAGGAGGAACUCACCGACCUUUGCCACAUGUUGAGCUUGGAAGAGGUGGCCCCGGUGCUGCAAGAGACGCUGCUUCAGGACAACCUCCUGGGCAGGGUGCAUUUUGACCAAUUUAAAGAAGCAUUAAUACUUAUCUUGUCUAGAACUCUAUCAAAUGAAGAACACUUUCAAGAACCAGCAUCUGUGGGUGUCAGCUGCCAACAAGUAGCUCGGGUGUCUGGGCCGCUCCUGAACGCUCACAAGCUGACACACUGUCUUCUGAUAAAAGACUGCACUCUCGAAGCUCAGCCCAAAUAUGUUAGAGGUGGGAAGCGUUACGGACGAAGGUCCUUACCCGAGUUUCAAGGAUCCGUGGAGGAACUUGCAGAGGUGACAGUGAUUGAGCCACUCGAUGAAGAAGCAAGGCCUUCACACAUCCCAGCCAGCGACCGCGGUGAGAACUGGAAGACGCAGCGCAGCGAGGAGUAUGAAGCAGAAGGCCAGUUAAGAUUUUGGAACCCAGAUGAUUUGAAUGCCUCACAAAGUGGGCCUUCCCCUCCCCAAGACUGGAUAGAAGAGAAACUGCAGGAGGUUUGUGAAGAUUUGGGGAUCACCCGUGAUGGUCACCUAAACCGGAAGAAGCUGAUCUCCAUCUGUGAGCAGUAUGGUUUGCAGAAUGUCGAUGGAGAGAUGCUUGAAGAAGUCUUCCAUAAUCUUGAUCCUGAUGGUACGAUGAGUGUAGAAGAUUUUUUCUACGGCUUGUUCAAAAAUGGAAAAUCCCUUACCCCAUCAGCAUCUACCCCAUAUAGACAAUUGAAAAGGCACCUCUCCAUGCAGUCUUUCGAUGAGAGUGGACGACGGACCACAACCCCGUCUGCGAUGACAAGUACCAUUGGCUUUCGGGUCUUCUCCUGCCUGGAUGAUGGGAUGGGCUAUGCAUCAGUGGAGAGAAUACUUGACACCUGGCAUGAAGAGGGCAUUGAGAACAGCCAGGAGAUCCUGAAGGCCUUGGAUUUCAGCCUUGAUGGAAAUGUUAAUUUGACAGAACUGACGCUGGCUCUUGAAAAUGAACUUUUGGUUACCAAGAACAGCAUUCACCAGGCAGCUCUGGCCAGCUUUAAGGCUGAGAUCCGGCAUUUGCUGGAGCAAGUUGAUCAAGUGGUCAGAGAAAAAGAGAAGCUACGGUCAGAUCUGGAAAAAGCUGAGAAGCUCAAGUCUCUAAUGGCCUCAGAGGUGGACGAUCACCACGCAGCCAUAGAGCGGCGGAAUGAGUACAACCUCAGGAAACUGGAUGAAGAGUACAAGGAACGAAUAGCAGCCUUAAAGAAUGAGCUUCGAAAGGAGAGAGAACAGAUCCUACAACAGGUGGGCAAGCAGCGUUUGGAACUUGAGCAGGAAAUUGAAAAGGCAAAAACAGAAGAGAAUUACACCCGGGACCGCCUUGCCCUCUCUUUAAAGGAAAACAGUCGUCUAGAAAAUGAGCUUCUGGAAAAUGCAGAGAAGUUGGCAGAGUAUGAGAAUCUGACAAACAAACUUAAGCGAAAUUUGGAAAAUGUUUUGGCAGAAAAGUUUGGUGACCUUGAUCCCAGUAGUGCUGAAUUCUUUUUGCAAGAAGAAAGGCUGACACAGAUGAGAAAUGAAUAUGGGCAGCAGUGCAGGCUAUUACAAGACCAAGUAGAUGAACUCCAGUCUGAGCUGGAAGAAUAUCGUGCACAAGGCAAAGUGCUCAGACUUCCCUCGAAAAACUCACCAUCAGAAGAACUUGAUAUUAACAGUGGUUGCGUCGAGCCUGACCAGGAUGCCAGUUGUGUUAUUGAAAGAACCUGCUGCAGGGUCAACAGAUCCGAUGUGUUUUCAGGGCUUGGUUCUGAAGAAUGCAAUCCAUUGAAUAUGAGCAUCGAGGCGGAGCUGGUCAUCGAACAGAUGAAAGAACAACAUCACAGGGACUUGUGUUGCCUGAGACUGGAGCUUGAAGAUAAAGUGCAUCAUUAUGAAAAGCAGCUAGAUGAAACCAAGGUUGCCUGUAAAAAGGAGCAGGAGAAUGUGAAGCAAAAGUAUGAGAAUGAAGUGCACAUCUUGGAAGAACAAAUAAGUGACCUUAAAAAUGAAAUUGCAGAACUUCAGGGCCAGACAGGGGUACUCAAGGAGUUACAACACACGGCUAUCUGCAGACAUGAGGAGGAGAAAAAACAACUGGAAAUGAAGUGGGAUGAGGAAAAGGCUCACCUGCAGGAGGAGUUGAGGCUGGAGCAUGAGAUGGAGCUAAGGGCUAGGCUGCAGCAGGCAGAGGAAAGCUUUAAUGAAGAGAGGGAAAAACUCAUUCAAAAUGGUGCCUGGACAGAAGAGAAGGUGAGAAGCUUGACUCAGGAACUAGAACAAGUUCACCAGGAGCAGCUGAAAAGCCUGGUGGAGAAGCAUACUCUUGAGAAAGAGGAAUUGCAAAAAGAGCUCUUGGAAAAACACCAAAGGGAACUACAUGAGGGAAGGGAAAAAAUGGAAACUGAGUGUAAUAGAAGAACCUCUCAGAUAGAAGCCCAGUUUCAGGCUGACUGUCAGAAAGUCGCUGAGAGAUAUGAAAAUGCUCUGCGAAGCCUGGAGGGGCACUACCACCGAGAGCUGAAGGAGGUCCUGGAACAACAGCGUGAGGAGAGAUCCCAGUGGGAGUUUGAGAAGGAUGAGCUCACCCAGGAGUGUGCAGAAGCCCAGGAGCAGCUUAAAGAGACUCUCCAGAGAGAGAAAGCGACUUCUCUGGUCCUGACCCAGGAGAGAGAGAUGCUGGAGAAAACAUACACAGAACAUUUGAAUAGCAUGGUUGUUGAGAGACAGCAGCUACUCAAAGACCUGGAAGAUCUAAGAACUGUGUCGGAAAGUCAGCAAAGUCUGCUGUCCAGCCAGAUACUUGAGCUGAAGAGCAGUCACGAAAGAGAACUGAAGGACCGUGAGCAGGUCCUGUGCCAAGCAGGCGCCUCGGAGCAGCUGGCCAGCCAGAGGCUUGAAAGGCUCGAAAGGGAACGUGACCAGGAGAGGCAGGAAAUGAUGUCCAAGCUUCUGGCCAUGGAGAGUGUCUACAAAGCGACCUGUGAGAAAGCAGAUCGAGAGAGGGCUGAGAUGAGCACAGAAAUCUCCAGGCUUCAGAACAAAAUUAAGGAAAUGGAGCAGGUGGGAUCUCCUCCCUCCAGGCUUCAGAAUGGCUGCCAGGCAAUGGGAAGGGAGGAAGUGGAAGGAAGUGGAGCCAUGUCCCUGCUCCAGCAAGGAGAGCAGCUGUUGGAAGAGAACGGAGAUGUCCUCUUAAGCCUGCAAAGAGCUCAUGAACGAGCAGUGAAGGAAAAUGUGAAAAUGGCAACUGAAAUUUCUAGGUUGCAACAGAGGCUGCAAAAAUUAGAGCCAGAGUCAGUAAUGUCUUCUUGUUUAGAUGAGCCAACUACUGGGUUUUUUGGAAAUUCCGUGGAACAAACAGAGCCAUUUUUACUGCCAAACCGAAUGAAACAAGUAGAAGGUGGAACCAUGCAGCAUGUCCUAAGUGACCUGCAAGGCGAUGAGGUCCGGGAUCUGGAAAGUACGGGGACAAGCUCUGGUCAGAGACAGGAGGUCAGAAGAGAGGAGUCUGAAGCAUCAAUAGAGAGUUUUUCUGAGCUUGAAAAUAGUGAGGAGACCAGGACUGAAACCUGGGACCUAAAGAAUCAGAUUGGCCAGCUUCAGGAACAACUAAUGAUCUUACGUGCAGACUGUGAUCGAGCUUCUGAAAAGAAACAGGACUUACUUUUUGAUGUUUCUGUGCUAAAAAAGAAAUUAAAGACGCUUGAAAGAAUCCCUGAGGCUUCCGCCAAGUAUAAAUUGUUAUAUGAAGAUGCUAGUAGAGAAAAUGAGUGUCUUCAGGAAGAGCUGAGAGUGAUGGAGACGCGGUACGAUGAAGCACUAGAAAAUAACAAAGAACUCACUUCAGAAAUGUUCCGAUUACAGGAUGAGCUAAAGAAAGUUGAAGAAGUGACUGAAACAUUCCUUGGCCUGGAAAAGAGUUAUGACGAGGUCAAAAGAGAAAAUGAGGAACUGCAUGUUCUGGUUUUGAGACUUCAAGACAAGAUGGAGAAGCUGCAAGAAAGAGCAGUGCUGCAGUAUGACUGCUUCUCCUUAUGGGAAGCCCAUUUAGAUAACCUGGAAGUCGGACCUGAUGAAAAGAUCCUGGAACUAAAUCAGACGCCGGAAGAGUGUGUACCAAAGAUUAUGAAUGUACACCAUAUUAUAGAAGAACAUUGUCAAGAAAACCAGUACCUAGAGCAGGAGAAUACAGAGCUCUUAGAAAAAGCAAAAGCACAUGAAAUUGCCUGGCUACAUGGAACACUCCAGACACAUCAAGAAAAGCCUGGAGUACAGAACCAAGUAAUACUGGAGGAAAACACCGCUCUCCUCAGCCUUCAGGACAAACAUUUUCAGCGCCAGGCCACAAUCACAGAGUUAGAACGGGAGAAAAAGAAGCUGCAGGAGCUGACUAGAAAGUUGAGGGAAAGAGUCACUGCUUUAGUUAAGCAAAAAGAUAUACCUUCUCAAGGAGAAAAGGAGGAAGAGCUGAAGGCAAUGAUGCAUGACUUGCAAAUCACGUGCAGUGAGAUGCAGCAAAAAGUUGAGCUUCUGAGAUAUGAAUCUGAGAAGCUUCAAGAGGAGAAUUCUAUUUUGAGAAAUGAAAUUACUACUUUAAAUGAAGAAGACAGCAUUUCUAACCUGAAAUUAGGGAAAUUAAAUGGAUCUCAGGAAGAAAUGUGGCAAAAAAUAGAAACCGUAAAACAGGAAAAAGCUGCAGUUCAGAAGAUGGUUGAAAAUUUAAAGAAACAGAUUUCAGAAUUAAAAACCAAAAACCAACAGUUGGAUUUGGAAAAUAUGGAGCUUAGCCAAAAGAAUUCUCAAAAUCAGAAAGAACUGCAAGAAGUUAAUCAACGUCUGGCAGAAAUGCUAAGUCAGAAGGAUAAAGAGCCAGGACACAGUACAUGUGAGGAAUGGGAACAAGAGAAGUCUAAUCUAAAAGAAGAACUGGAACACUGUAAAGUGCAGUCUUCCACUUUAGUGUCUUCUCUGGAGGCAGAACUUUCUGAAGUUAAACUACAAAUUCAUAUUGUGGAACAGGAAAACCUCCUUCUCAAAGAUGAACUGGAGAAAAUGAAACAACUGCACAGAUGUCCCAAUCUCUCUGACUUCCAGCAAAAAAUUUCUAGUAUUCUAAGCCACAAUGAAAAACUGCUGAAAGAAAAGGAAGCUCUAAGUGAAGAAUUAAAUAGCUGUGUUGAUAAGUUGGCAAAAUCAAGUCUUUUAGAGCACAGAAUUGCUACUAUGAAGCAAGAACAGAAGUCUUGGGAACACCAGAGCGAAAGCUUAAAAUCACAGCUAGUGGCUUCACAGGAAAAGGUUCAGAAUUUAGAAGACACCCUGCAGAAUGUAAACCUGCAAAUGUCCCGAAUUAAAUCUGAUCUACGAGUGACUCAGCAGGAAAAGGAGGCUUUAAAACAAGAAGUGAUGUCUCUACACAAGCAACUUCAGAAUGCUGGUGACGAGAACUGGGCCCCAGAAAUAGGCACCCAUCCAUCAGGAUUCCAUAACCAACAGCAAAGGCUGUCCUGGGACAAGUUGGAUCACCUGAUGAAUGAGGAACAACAGCUGCUUUGGCAAGAGAAUGAGAGACUCCAAACUGUGGUACAGAACACCAAAGCGGAACUCAUACACUCCCGGGAGAAGGUCCGUCAACUGGAAUCCAACCUUCUUCCUCCUAAGCUCCAAAAACAUCUAAACUCAUCAGGUACUGUGAAGCCCACAGAGCAGGAAAAGUUGAGCUUAAAGAGAGAGUGUGAACAGUUUCAAAAGGAACGAUCUCCUGCUAAUAGGAAGGCACACCUUGGAGAUAUUCUGGGUUCAGUUCCAGACCACCACAAUAAAGUUAGUCAGAUGAAUUCCCUUGAACGAGAAUUAGAAACAAUUCAUUUGGAAAAUGAAGGCCUGAAAAAGAAACAAGUAAAACUGGAUGAGCAGCUAAUGGAGAUGCAGCACCUGAGGUCCACUGUGAUGCUUAGCCCAUCCCCUCAUGCUUGGGAUCUGCAGCUGCUCCAGCAGCAAGCCUGUCCAAUGGUUCCCAGGGAGCAAUUUCUGCAGCUUCAAUAUCAGCUGCUACAGCCGGAAAGGAUAAACCAGUGCCUGCAGGAGGAACUUGAAAACAGGACUUCUGAAAUCAACACACCACAGGGAAACCAGGAACACCUGGUAACUGUCAUGGAGGAACGAAUGAUGGAAGUUGAACAAAAAUUGAAACUGGUGAAAAGGCUUCUUCAGGAGAAAGUGAAUCAGCUCAAAGAACAACUCUGCAAGAAUACUAAAGCAGAUGAGAUGGUGAAGGAUUUGUAUGUGGAAAAUGCCCAAUUGUUGAAAGCUCUGGAAAUAACUGAACAGCGACAAAAAACAGCAGAGAAGAAAAAUUACCUCCUAGAGGAGAAGAUUGCCAGCCUCAGUAAUAUAGUCAGGAAUCUGACACCAGCACCAUUGACUUCUACACCUCCCUUAAGGUCAUAGCCAAGCCAAAGGAUAAACACUCAUAGUUGUGCACUUUACUGAAAUGGAUGGAGCAUUUCAGUAUGUUCUCUCAACCGUUGUUUAUUGUGGGGUUUUCUUGGGUUUUUUUUUUAAACUUUAAUGGCUUAAAGUUAAGCCUAACGUAAAACUUCCAGCAACAGAAUUAAAAUCUCCAUUCAUUGUAAUUAGUUUUUCUAAAUAGACUAUAAUGGAAGUUGCAAACAAAUACAUAUUUCACUGUUUGAAUUAUUCCCAAGCUUUGAAUUUUUAAAAAUAUUCUAAUAGCCAUCAAGAAGGUGAUACAAAAACAACUCAAGAAUCUUAAAACCCCAGUUUUGAAUGAAUUUUUAAAAAUUACUAUUAUGUAUAAGUUUAUAUGUAAAUUGCAGAUAUUUAAAAGUUGAGAAAUUAUUAGCUGGCUGUUUUGAUCUUUAUUUUAUAACCAAAUGUACAUCUUCUCAUACAUUUACAUAUGAAAAAGUCAUUCCGUUUCUAAUAGUUCUGGUUUUUUGAAUUAAUUGUUAGACUUUCUGUUUGGUAAGAGAAGCUGGUAUUAAUACCACUGAGGUCAGAAAUGCCAGAGUCCAUAGAACUCUACCUUCUAACACCUAUGACAGUAUUACCACUCUUUAUGUAUUACAGAUCUAAAACUCAUUUACUCAACUGCACUGUUAACUAAUGUUAAAACUUUACCUUCUUUAAACAGUCUUUUUCUUUUUUUUUCCUUCUUAGAAGUUUCAUUUGGGAGCUUGUCUUCUAAGAAAUGGAUAAAGCCACAUUCUUAAAGCAUUUGAACUAUAGGGUAAGCACUGAACAAACUGCUUUGGAGUAAACAGCUACUCCUAGAAGAGAGAGAAGUAAACCAUGUGGGUUUUUCUCUCUCUAAAGUCUUGGAUUUCAUGAACUUAUAUUUGGGGUUGCCUCAAGAACUCAGGGAACAAUACUUUAAGACGUUUUCCUGAAAUACUGUAGGGCCUCGUUAAAAUUUGAAAUGUAUAAACCAUGUGACCUUAUUUAUUUGUCAUAUAUUUAGAGCCAUAGUGGGAUUUUUAUUUCUACAUUUUUAGUGAAUUUAAUUUUCUGGAAAAAGGCCUUGAUUUUAGAGUUAAAAACCUCUUCUAACAUAUGGAAGAGUUAUUGUUUGCUUGUUUGUUUAAUAUAGGUCAAAUUUUCCAUGCUUCCUAUUCCUCUGCACCUCAAAUCUGAUCAUAAGAAUUUCUUACUGUGAUAAGCAUUCGCAUGCCAUCUGAGGUAAAUGAGUGCCAAAUAGGAUUUUUCCAUUCAGUCUCAAGACUAGAACAUUAUAGAACAGUAAACAUUUUGAAUAACUUUUUUCCCCAGGUAAAAUCUCUGCUUCUAGCCUACUUCAGCCAGGAGUUGGUUGGUAAAGAACUUACUAUGUGGGACACAAACAGAGCUCAUCACAGCCACCUACAGAGCUCAUCACAGCCACCUGUUUGUUUUUGUGGAAGAGUAAUUAGAUCAGAAAAAUUCACUUUGAUAAAUUCCAGGAAAGCCAAGCCCAUCAAUUUAUAAGAGGUAUCACAGGAAAAUCAAACACUGCCUUAUGGGCAGGAAAAAAAGAUGAAGCAAACUGCUUAGGAAGCCACGUCAGAAACUCAAUAUCAACAAAAUAAUUUGCAUUAAGGAACUUUAGAGUUCCUUGGGCCUAACCAUAUACUAUUAGUCCUACCUGCCAACACAGGAGUCCUUGCUACAAGAGCCCUGACAAGGCAAGGUCAUUUGUGGGACUGGGAGUUCAUGCUUCAGAAGCAGACUUUUUCACUUUUGAACAGCUCUAUUAUCAGAAAUUCCCGAUUUUCCCCUGGAAAAGAAUUAAUUUUAAUCCCUCCCUACAAUUACACUUCAAAACAUUUGAUAUCUGCUGUCAUGCCUCCCCUAAUCAUUUUCCUCCAGUGCAAACAUUACUAGUAAACUCAACUACUUGUAUGGCAUUGACUUUAACACUUAAAACUGUGGAUAGGCCUAGGUUAAGGUCAUAAAUAAACUAAGCACCUGUGGUAUAUUUAUGUGAUAUGCUUUAAGUUAUUCAAGGUUUUUGCCGUCAGAACUGAACACCAAGCACAUUUCUCAAAUAGAUGGCUUACCAUAUGAUCACACGUGUUGUGUUUUUUAUCUUUAUUUUUUACAUUAUGAAAAGUAUAGAUUAAUUUGUUUCUUAUAAAUCUGUAUGUGUAUAUAAAGUGUUGUACAAUGAAUGUAAAUAUGACUUCUGGAAAAUUUUAGACUACAUUUAGAAUCCCUUUAUCUAAAAUCAAAAUGCUGCUCAAAUGAAAGUUAAUUUAACUAACACCUCGGUGCUUACUUCUUGCUUCACUGCACUCAUAAAAUUGGAAAAAAGAUCAAUACAAGAAAUAUAUAGUUACCUUAAAUUAUAUAUUUGUGCAGCAGAUUAUUUUUGUAGACUAGAGUGGGAAUUUAACUGGCAAUUUAUAAUAUAGCUUACAGCUUUUAAAAGGCCUUUUAAAGAGAUUAAAUGUAAACUAUUAAAUGUUUAGAUUUUGCUUUCAGACUUUAUAAUAGAACUCUUUACAGUCACCUUAUAUAUCUUAUAGGCAUUUAACUCCUCAUUUAUUAAAAGUACUGGUUGUUAAAUUCUCUUGAUUUCUUAAGAACAGUUAUUUAAAUAAGUCUUAGGAGAUAGGAUCUUCAUUUCAAGGAAAGAAAAUCAAGUUUGCCUUUGUGAUAAUGUUACCCUUAGAAAAGGAAAGUGUGGAUAAUAAAACCUACAUUGUUCUAUUUUGCUUUCUUCUGCUUUUUAGAAGCCUGAGCUAUUAAGUUCAAAUUUGUGAAGGAAGAGAAGUAGAAGAGGAGGGGUAGAACCAAUCACAGUAUUUAUUUUUCUAAAACUUAAUAAACCCAGAUUUUUUUAAAACUAUUUUAAAUAUGAAUUCUUCCCAGAAGCUUCAAAUGCAUUGUUUAUAUAUUUAACCUUAAACAUAAGUAGAUCACAGUCAUAGGCUUUCAAGGUUUAUGAGGAGUUCUUACAGGUCUAGUAUUUCAAUAAUGUACCAAUACCCAGGGCAGGUAUUAUGAUGAGGAACUUUUGUUUUUUUAAGAAUGAAUAAGACUUUAUGGUGGACUUUAACGUGUGAAAAUGAUUUUUUUAUUUUUGUGAUUUCUUUUUUCUGAGUAAAGGAAAAGAGAAAUGUGUUGCUAUUGUCAGCAUCUUAAAGGUAGUCUCACUCAAGGCAAGGCUAAGUGCUUCCUGAUAGUAUUAAGCAAGUCUUGUUUUGAACGGAUUACCUAAUGACUCACUAGAAUGAUAUAAAUUAUACAAGUUAUGCCAAAACUAAGUCAAAACCUAAUAACCAAAGCAUUCGUUAUUUAAAACUUAUUCACUAUAUCAUGUUUGGACCUAUUCAAACAUCUCAGCCCUGUAAAACAGUUUUGGUUUGAUGACAUAUGGAUAGUGGUUUAAUAAUAAAUCCAAGUUAGCUUUUUGUUUCCCAGCUUUUUUUGAAUGAUAUUCAUUAAAUCUGUUCUUAUUGGAAGACAUUAUCACAGCAUGAUUGAAGGGAACAUUGGUUUUAUAAAGGAAAACCCGAGUUCACCGAUAGCCAUCACUAAGAUUCUUUUCAUGUAAAGAUUAAUGCUUAUGUGUUUAUAUCGACUUUGUAUAUUUCAUCUUAGCCAUUCUAUCCUAUAAAGAUUUUACCAUGAGCUUAAGAUGUAAAUAAAUAAUUUUGCAAAUA